GUUGGCUGUCAGCUGUUGGAAGUAUCUCAGCAAAAUACCGCUUGGUGACUUUAAAGACAGCGGUUACCCACCUGGUCCCCCCAAAGAGCCUGGAGAAACAGCUUCUGGGGCCCAUUGAGGAAAAAGUGGGAUCAGGAUCAACACACGCUUACUGUGACGUACUGAAUGGAGAACUUUCUCCCUUUGAACUUUGCGUAAUAAAGUCAUUUUGCUCACAUUGGAGAUCGCUUGUUCGGCCACGAUGGCCUUUCAGGACCUUCUGGAUCAAGUUGGAGGCUGGGGGAGAUUCCACAUCCUUCAGAUAGUUUUCUACAGCAUCUUCAACCUCAUAGCGUACCCUCACGUUUUAUUGGAGAGCUUCACUGCAAUCGUCCCUGGUCACCGCUGCUGGGUCCACAUCCUCGACAAUGACACGGUCUCUGCUAACAGCACUGGGAUCCUCAACCAAGACGCCCUCCUGAGAAUCUCCAUUCCACUGGACUCAAACCUGAGGCCAGACAAGUGUCAUCGCUUCCUCCACCUGCAAUGGGGGCUCCUUCACCUGAAUGGGACCUUCCCUAACACAAAUGAGCUGGACACGGAACCCUGUGUGGACGGCUGGGUGUAUGACCAGAGCUCCUUUCCCUCCACCAUCGUGACGGAGUGGGACCUGGUGUGUGAAUCUCAGUCACUGAAAUCAGUGACCAAAUUCUUAUUCAUGGCUGGCAUGUUGGUGGGAAACAUCAUAUUUGGCCAUUUAUCAGACAGGUUUGGGAGGAAGUUAAUUCUCAGGUGGUGUUUCCUCCAGCUCGCCAUUACUGACACCUGUGCAGCCUUCGCACCCACCUUCUUCAUUUAUUGCACCCUACGCUUCUUGGCUGGCUUUUCUACCAUGACCAUCCUGACAAACUCUGUGAUGCUCAUUGUAGAAUGGACAGUGCCCCAAUUCCAAGCCACGGGAAUAGCAAUGACCAUCUGUGGUGCUUGCGUAGGACAGAUGAUCCUGGGAGGACUGGCUUUUGCCAUUCGAGACUGGCAUACCCUUCAGCUGGUGACUUCUGUACCAUUAUUUGUCCUUUUUCUUUCCUCAAGGUGGCUGAUGGAGUCUGCUCGGUGGCUGAUUAUGACCAACAAACCCGAGGAGGCCUUAAAGGCACUUAGAAAAGCUGCACUCUGGAACGGAAGGAAGAAUGCUGGAGACGCCCUAACCAUGGAGGUUUUGAGGUCCAGCAUGCAAGAGGAGCUAGAGGCAGCACAGAAAAAAAUUUCUCUGCGUGACAUAUUCCGCACGCCUACACUGCGCAGGAGGAUCUGUUUGAUGUCCUUCGUGAGAUUUUCAGUCUACAUGUCUUUUUAUGGCCUGAUUCUCCACAUCCAGCACAUUGGAGGCAAUGUUUUCCUGUCCCAGGUUCUCUUUGGCCUAGUCAACAUCCCAUCCGGUUAUAUUGCGGUUUGGGCACUGAAUCAUAUAGGCCGUCGAAUAUGCCAGAUGAUUUUCUUUUUCUUCCUUGGAAUCUCCAUUCUGAUCACCACAUUUCUGCCCAAAGAAAUGCAGACCCUGCGUCUUUCUUUGUCAUCCCUGGGAGUCAGUGUUUCUGCGGCAGCUGUUGUGAGUUCUUCUACCCAUGGAAACGAACUAAUCCCUACCGUAAUCAGGGCAACCGUUACAGGAAUCCUGGGGAUUGCUGCUUAUAUUGGGGCAGCGCUGUCUCCCCUCUUGAUGAUCCUAACUGUGUAUUCCCCCCACCUGCCCUGGAUCACGUAUGGAAUCUUCUCCAUCCUCGCUGGUCUUAUUGUCUCACUCCUUCCUGAAACCAGGAAUCAACCUCUGCCUGACUCCAUCCAGGAUGUGGAAAAGGAGAGAAAAGCCUCAAGAAAAGUAAAGCAGGAAGAUCCCUUCAUGAAAGUGACACAGUUUUAAGGAAUUCCAGGAAAUAACUGCCACUCAAAGAGUAAGAUAGAAGAAGGAAAAUCAGGACUAUUCCCAGAAAUUGGAAAAGUUUGUAAAAUAAAAUAAAAAGAUAGAAUGGAAUAACAGAUCCCAUCUACGAUUGCAGGACUAAGUAACUAUGGAUAAAAUAUCUACAAUCAAUCAAAAUAAGAAGUUUGAGAAAAGUCGUAAUACUUUUGAAAAAAGAUUUUAUUAUCCAAGUCUAGUUGACAUACAACAUUAUACUCAUUUCAGGUACACCACAUAGUGAUACAAUUCUGUAUAUUAAAAGUCAUAAUAUUUUUAAAGGAAUCAUAGUAAAAUAUAUGUAAAAUUGUAGACCUCCAGCAUGUUUCUGGAUAGAAAGAUGGGAUAGUAUUAAAGACACUGAUUCUUGAUUCCAAAACCAAAGACCCCACUAAAAAGGAGAACGACAGACCAAGAUCCCUGAUGAACAUGGAUGCAAAAAUUCUCAACAAGAUACUAGCCAGCCGGAUCCAAUAAUACAUUAAAAGAAUUAUUCACCACGAUUAAGUGGGAUUUAUACCUGGGAUGCAGGGCUGGUUCAAUAUCCACAAGUGAAUCAAUGUGAUACAUCACAUCAAUAAAAGAAAGGACAAGAACCACGUGGUCCUCUCAAUAGAUGCAGGGAAAGCAUUUGACAAAAUACAGCAUCCUUUCUUGAUGAAAACCCUCAAGAAAGUAGGGAUAGAAGGAUCAUACCUCAAGAUCAUAAAAACCAUAUACGAGAGACCCACCGCUAGUAUUAUCCUCAAUGGGGAAAAACUGAGAGCUUUCUCCCUAAAGUCAGGAACAUGACAGGGAUGCCCUCUCUUGGCACUGUUAUUCAGCAUAGUGUUGGAAGUCCUAGCCUCAGCAAUCAGACAACACAAAGAAGUAAAAGGCAUCCAAAUCGGCCGGGAGGAAGUAAAACUUUCGUUCCUCGCAGAUGACAUGAUACUCUAUGAAAAACCCAAAAAAAUCCACCAAAGACUGCUAGAACUGAUCCAUGAAUUCAGCAAAGUCGUAGGAAAUAAAAUCAAUACACAGAAAUUGGUUGCAUUCCUAGACACCAAUAAUGAAGCAACAGAAAGAGAAAUCAAGGACUCAGUCUUUGACAAAGCAGGAAAGAAUAUCCCAUGGAAAAAAGACAGUCUCUUCAGCCAGUGGUGUCGGGAAAACUGGACAGCGGCACGCAGAAGAAUGAAUCUGGACCCCUUUCCUACACCAGACACAAAAAUAAACUCAAAAUGGUUGAAAAACCUAAACAUAAGGCAGGAAACCAUCAAAAUCCUCGAGGAGAAAGCAGGCAAAAACCUCUUUGACCCUGGCCGCAGCAACUUCUUACUCAACGCAUCUCCGGAGGCAAGGGAAACAAAAGCAAAAAUGAACUAUUGGGAACCUCAUCAAAAUAAAAAGCUUCUGCACAGUGAAGGAAACAUUCAGCAAAACUAAAAGGUAACCAUCAGAAUGGGAGAAGAUAUUUGCAAAGGACAUAUCAGUUAAAGGGUUCGUAUCCAAAGUCUAUAAAGAACUUCUCAAACUCAACACCUGAAAAACAAAUAAUCCAGUGAAGAAAUGGGCAAAAGACAUGAAUCGACACUUCUUCAAAGAAGACAUCCAGAUGGUUAACAGACACGUGAAAAAAUACCCAACAUCACUCAACAUCAGGGAAAUACAAAUCAAAAACACAAUGAGAUACCACCUCACACCUGUCAGAAUGGCUAACAGGAACAACUCAGGCAACAACAGAUGUUGGCAAAGAUGAGGAGAAAGAGAAACCCUUUUGCACUGCUGAUGGGAAUGCAAACUGGUGCGGCCAUUCUGGAAGACAGUAUGGAGCUUCCUCAGAAAAUUAAAAAUAGAACUACCCUACAACCCAGCAAUUGUACUACUAGGUAUUUAUCCAAGGGAUGCAGGUGUGCUGUUUCGAAGAGGCACAUGCACCCCCAUGUUUAUAGCAGCACAAUUGACAAUAGCCAAAGUAUGGAAAGAGCCCAAAUGUCCAUCGACGGAAGAAUGGAUAAAGAAGAUGUGGCAUACACAUACAAUGGAGUAUUACUGGGCGAUCAAAAAGAAUGAAAUCUCACCAUUGGCAACAACGGGGAUGGAACUAGAGGCUAUUGUGCUAAACCAAAUAAGUCAGUCAGAGAAAGGCAAAUAUCAUAUGACUUCACUCAUAUGUGGAAUUUAAGGUACAAAACAGAUGGACAUAAGGGAGGGAAGCAAAUAUAAUAUAAAAACAGGGAGGGGGACAGACCCUAAGAGACUCUUAAAUAUAGAGAACAAAUGAGCAUUGAUGGAGGGGUUGUGGCUGGGGGGGUGGGCUAAAUGGGCAAGAGGCAUUGAGGAAGACACUUGGGACAAGCACUGGGUGUUAUAUGUAGGGGAUGAAUCACCGGAUUCUACUCCUGAAAUCAUUGCACAACAUGCUAACUAACUUGGAGGUAAAUUAAAAUUAAAAAAAAAAAAAAAAAAAAGACAUUGCUUCUGCUUCAAUUAAUGGUAGAGGAGUUGAUGGAGUAAUUACCAUGGAAAACUCCAUUCUUUUGGAACAGCUCAGAAAAGAGUUCCAAGUGUAACUGCAAAUUAAUACUAGACAAGCUGAUUCGGGAAAAUGAGGCUCAUAGAGGGAG